AUGAAGAAGAGCGAAUCAUCCUCAUCAUUUGGGCCCGGCGGCCUAGACUUAACAAAAGCUUUCUUCAAGCCCAUUCACCAUUCCGCCCCGCCGUCGCCCACCAAGCGCCACACUAAAGUCUCCGUCAUCGGCGCCGGGAAUAUUCCCGGGGAGAGCCGGCUGAAUCUUAUACAGAGGAAUCUGGUCAUGUUUAAGGAUAUUAUUCCGCCGUUGGCGAAGUACGCACCGGAUUGUAUACUCCUGAUCGUGUCGAAUCCGGUGGAUGUGUUGACUUACGUGGCUUGGAAGCUCUCCAAGUUUCCGGCGAACAGAGUUAUUGGGUCGGGUACCAACUUGGAUUCGUCCCGGUUCCGGUUCCUCCUCGCCGAUCAUCUCGACGUCAAUGCUCAGGACGUGCAGGCAUAUAUUGUUGGAGAGCACGGAGACAGUUCAGUAGCGCUUUGGUCAAGCAUAAGCGUGGGGGGAGUGCCCGUUUUAAGCUACCUAGAACGCCAGAAAAUCACGUACGAAAUGGACACGCUUGAGAACAUUCGCAAAGAAGUCGUGGGGAGUGCCUACGAGGUCAUAAGCCUCAAGGGCUAUACCUCAUGGGCAAUUGGUUACUCAGCUGCUAACUUGGCUCGAUCAAUACUGCGUGAUCAGAGAAAGAUCCACCCGGUUUCGAUUCUUUGUAAGGGUAUGUAUGGGAUCAACGGUGGAGAUGUGUUUCUGAGCUUGCCGGCGCAACUUGGCCGUAGCGGAGUAUUGGGUGUUACCAACAUUGAGUUGACUGAGUUUGAAGCACAACAGCUUAGGGAUGCUGCGAAGACCAUCUUGGAGGUCCAAAGCCACCUUGAUCUAUGA